UUUUCUGUGGUCCGGUUUUUCUCUUUUAGACCUCUUGCUCACGCAGUCAAACCGGCAUAUUGAGUAAACUCUCGAAUGGCUCCCACCAUAGACGUGGCAUUGAUGAACUGUUGAAUUCAUCUUUUAUCCUCGCUACCCAAUUUAUCUUUACUCGUUUGAUUUUCCCUUUUUGAGUUAACUUUGCCUACACGUUACGGAUUUCAAUCACCGAACAUAAAAAUGGAUCUUGCCUCAGUGCUGAUUGGACUCACCAUCUGUGCCGUCACAGCCGUUGUACUCUACUUCAUUUCAGUGAAGAGUUUCCAGGAGAAGUCGUUUGAAGAAGUGCUGGCCGAGCAACAGCAGUUUGAGGAUAGCUUGCUGAAAGGUGAAAAGUCCAACAAAGAUAAAGAGAAAAAAACCAAGAAGCAUGCUGUGAAAAAGAAUAAAGAAAAGGAGAAAGGAAAGAAUCAUGGAAAUGCUCCUUCUGCUGCCCAAUCCGUUCCCUUUGAAGAAAAACUGCAUGUGGAAUUUGAACCUGACGCUGAAGUCAUCCCUGAGGAGCCCAUUGCAGUGAAUGUGGAAAAGAAAAAGAGUGACAAAAAAGAGAAAGUUAAGCCAAUUUUGCGGAAUCGUGAUCAGGUUACAACCGAAACGUUUGAUCCAGACGUAGAUUCUAUAAAUCAUUUUAUGGAACAUCCACCCAAAGACGACGUGGAACUCAAAGUAAAAGAUAAAGAAAAGACGAACAAGAAAGCCAAAGUUGUCAUUGAAGAAAAGGUUGUUGCAUCCGAAGCGCCGAUUGUCGAAGCCGCUCCUGUUAAAGAAGUGGCAUUUAACGUCGCACGCGGUAAUAACAAUCCGAGCAGUGCCUCGGCUCCAGUCGCCCCGCAACAACAACCCGGAACACCCAAGAAGCAACGCAAGAGGAAUGCCAAAACUGAUUCGCUCGAUACGGCUGAUGGUGGCGAAGAACUUCUUUUGCAGUUGGGAGGAACCGAAAAACUUCUGUCUGCCCUCCGUCAAUUGCCGCUGACAUCCUCUGAAUUGCAAACUAUGAUCGAAGUACUUCUCAACCGACAACAAGAGGCUUCAGGCACCGUUGAAUCGGAAUGGAUGGAGCGUGGCGGCCGCCUGGAUCCGAUCGGAGCACUUAGGAAGCAGCUAGCCGACAAAGAGAAAGCGUUACAAGAGGAAUUGGAAGAGAAGCAAGCGUAUCAGAACAAGUUGCGCACACUGGGAACCGAAAUGACCACCGAGCGGACACGGGCUGCAGCGGCACGGAAGCAACUCGAAGAAUCUUUGGCUAGGCAAACGGCAGAGAUGCAGAUGUUAUCCGUUCGACUCCAACAAACAACUGAGCAACACGUGGCGGAGGUUAAUGCUCUACGAGUUGCGGUCCAACAAGCCCAGAAGGCGUCUCAAACGUCGGAAGAACACCUCCGUCAGCUGCAGCGUUUGCAGGACGAAAAGAACCAAUUUGACGCUAGAUUCGCCACUGCCCAGCAAAUGCAACAAGAAAUGGGUGCUCGCGUUCAACAGCUGGAGGAUUUCUUGAUGCACAAGGAACAACAAUUGAUGGAACAAGCCAAUCAAAUGGCAAUCAUUGGCGGCAAGUUGCAAGAAUCGGAACAAGCACGAAAUGGACAAAGUCACGAAGUGCAGCGCGAAGUUGCUCAGUUGCGAGAAGCGCUUCAAGCUGCUGAAGCCCAGUCAUUGCACACGGCUCAUGACGCCCGUGUCCGCCUGGAAGAGAUGGAACGGACAAAGGAGCUAUUGGAAAAUCGCAUUACUAAAGUCGAUCGCGACCUAGCGAUGGAACGAAGCCUGGCCGCCCAAAAUGAAGAACGCAUCCGACAGGAAGUAUCUCGCCUUUGUUUAGAAAAUCAGGCUCUUAAUCUCCAGUUGACCAACGCGACCCAGAAUCGACAGGAAGAUGACUCCAAAUGGGCGGCUGUCCAGGAACAGAUGCAAGUUGAACGUAAUCAAAUGGCUGCGAAAGAGUCUGAAGUACAGAAAGAGCUGGAACAUUUGCGUAGUGAAAUCAACUCUCUCAAUCAACAAUUGUCAAACACAUCCCAAAGCCGACAGAAUGAUGAUGUCAAAUUGGCAGCUAUUCAGGAGCAGAUGCAAGUUGAACGUAACCAAAUGGCCGCCAAAGAAGCAGAAGCACAGAAAGAUCUGGAACACCUAAAGAGUGAAAUUAAUUCUCUUAAUCUACAGUUAUCCAGCUCAUCCCAAAACCGACAAGAUGAUGAUGUUAAAUUGGCAGCUAUUCAGGAGCAGAUGCAGGUUGAACGUAACCAAUUGGCCGCCAAAGAGUCCGAAGCACAGAAAGAAUUGGAACAGUUGAGGAGUGAAACUCAGUCCCUCACUCAGCAGCUGAAUGAAACAAAACAGAACGAGCAGGAUCGCCAGAAUAAACUUGAUGUAGAGCUGAAGAGUAAGGACGAAGAAUUGGAAACCCAAAAGCGGAAAAACAAUGAACUUCGUGACAAAAAUUACAAAGCCAUGGAUGCCCUUGCCGCUGCUGAAAAGGCUCUUGUUGAAUUGAAAAAAUCCAGCAGCAGUGCGAAGAAUGUCCCCAGUCCAGUUGAAAUUAAUCAGGCCAUUGGUGCCGGCCUGCAACGAGUCUUUCCCGAGUUGUCCUUUGACGCAUCCGCAUCACCAGCCGCGUUUGCCGAAUCUCUCUCCAGUCAAAUGACACGAUCGCUUGAACGACUCCAGAGUGAGGAACAGUCGAAAGCUCAGGCUCAAGUACUCCAUUACAAGACGGUCCUCUCACAGACGGAAGAGUUACUCAACCGACUCCAGAGUCGCGUAGAAGCUGAAGAGACGUCUUGGAAAGUGAAGCUGACUCAAAUCGAAUCUGAUUUGCUGACCGUGAAACAAGAGAAAGAGUUUUGGAUGGAUCAGUGCCAGAAGCAGGAAGCCCAGCAACAACAACAAACAUCUGAAGUGGAUGUCCAACCACUCAAUGCCCAAAUUGAAUCUCUUCAAAAAGAAAAAGAUCAUCUAUUACAAGAGAUUGAAAAAGAACGCCAAGCAGCAGCAGAACUGGCAUCUCAGUCUGGAAGUCAUCGAGACCAAUUGCAAGCUGUAGAAUCACAGCUGGCCGAAGAGAGAAAAUCAGUUCAGCAGUUGCGGGACCAGCUGGACCAAGCCAAGGCUCAGUUGUCGGCCACAAAGGUAGGUUCCAUCGGCUUCAUGGUGGGCUGGGCAAAGAGCUCAGCGGCUACAGUGGCCGCAGCCACGGCUAGGAAAAACAGCCUUAACUCAGAGAAUGUUUCUUCAGAGGCCAACCCGCCAUCGCCACAGAAGGAUGAAGCAGCGACCAAAUCUGCAGCAGCGACCACCAAUGGUAACGGAACCAAGGCUGAAUCACCAGUGGAAGAGCCGAUUACGACAGUGAAGAUGGGCAGCAACGGUCAGAAAAGCAAAAAUCGGAAGAAAAAGGCUGCUUCUCAUUUCGAAAGCUGAAACCACGAGCUUAGUGUGAAAUAACGCGUCCCUGGGAAACGGACCCUGGAUGGAGGAGAGCACCAGAUCGAGCUUGAUUAUUCAUUUCUUGGUUUUAUUUUCUUGUCUCCCUCCCUUCUACGUUAAAAAAAAAACCUAUCCCCCAUUCCUCUUGAGUGAAGAAGUCUGUAUUUUCAAAGAGAACAAGUAAUCCUGCUUCCACUAACACUUUUUUCUUGGAUUCGUCGGACUCCUCGUGUUACUUUUUUUUUCCCUUUUCAGUCGUCAUCCACCAACAUAUUUUCGAAAUCGCCCGUUUCUCAACAGGUGGUUUUGUAAACAGUAAAUGAAUUCCUUCGGGUCAGAACUCUUCAUCUAAAUCGUUAGUCAAUGAAAACAAAUUGAAAAACUAACACCCUCUUCUCCACCGUUUAGAGCGAUGACAUUUAUUCGCCCCCUUUAUUUCCCUGUGUACUGUGGGGCCUAAUGAGAUGAUUGUCUCUUUCUGUUGAGUUAAUUGAACAAAACAAGAAUACCAAUCCCAGAGUCAAAUACUGUUUGUGUCUGGCUGUAAUUUCCAAUGACCGGUUUUCGUUGAUCCCGUUUCACACACCCCUCUGUACUCGCCAGCCUAGCUCUCUUUUCUUCUUUAUUCUCUCUUGUUUUGGGUUUUGAUAUUUCGUUGAUGUUUAAGAAGUUUUUUUCCACCACCCUCUGCUCCCUGGCCUCCCCCUAUUAUAUCGCAUCCUCCUAUGAUGCCCAAAGCCAUGUAUACAACAACUCUGUUACAUCGGACUGAAAUACAUCAGCAUUCCUAACCUCUAAA